AUGUGGCGCAGAGGCAGAGAAAGUUUUGGCCAUCUUCGCCGGUUCUCAACAGCGGUGCGAAGGCGCUCAGAAGACGAAGGUGACUGGCUCUAUGCCUCAGAGUGGUGGGGUUCUACCAACGACGACGGCAAGACCAUUCUGCGAUCAACUUCUGCCAAGGGAAAUGGCGUCGUUUCAGUUGUCGCACAUCCCUCCUCCAGACCAAAUAGAAUGCAUUGGCAAAAAAUGGAAAGAUGGCUGCAGCAGAGGUGUGAGGAGGUGCAUCCUGGAUAUGGUAAUGAAGGGAAUCUGAGGGUGCUUGGAUAUCAAUGGCGGGUGCUGCGUUUCAAUGAUGUUACUCGCCAGAGCACGGCAAAAGUAAUGCUAACUUACCGCGAAAACAAGCCGGAACAUGUCUAUCUUAUGCAACAGCCACAUUGCUUGGCUGUUCCAUAUGUGAAGAGUAUGUUAUCUGCUGGGUUGAGUGCUAUAUCCUCAUGUAAUUUUGAUAUAAUUAGCACAUUACAAGGAAAGAAAAAUAUGAACAUUUUAUGCAUUGGUCAUGGUGGGGGAAGCUUACCAUUGUUUUUGGCAAGUAAAAUCCAAGGUGCCAUUGUCCAUGUAGUUGAAAUUGAUCCACUUGUUAUCUCAGCGUCAAUUCGUGCUAUGGGAUUCCCGGCUUUUUCACUCAUGACUCAAUCAGGUCACCGGCCUUCUGCAAAACCUGAUAUCAUUAAUGAAGUUAUGUGGAAAGGCACCCAUGAGAGGAUUUGCCUUCAUGAAACUGAUGCUGAGGAAUUUAUUACUAAUAAUACCAAUCUAUAUGAUAUGAUCUUUGUUGAUGCUUAUGAUGGCGAUGAUGUCUUUCCCCACAAGUUAUGGGACCCAGAUUCUCCUUUCCUAAAAUCUCUUAAAACCCAGCUUCAUCCCAAACAUGGUACUGUUGUGGUGAACCUGCAUUCUGACGUUGAUGUACGGAACCAUGAUGGAUCAACUCCAUCUGAGUUUGAACAAGUUUUACCAAUGGGAAAGUAUGUGUCUCAAGUGUGCAGAGCAUACAAGGACGUACUUUUAGGAACUGGAAGUUGUGGAGAGAAAAGAGGUUCUGGCAUUGCUUUUACUGUUGCAGUUCCUUGGACCUGUAAUACGUCCCUAGUUGCGUGUAGAGGUUUUGAUAGAGAUAAUCAAUACAUUAACCGGGACUUGGUUCUAAACACUCUCAUAUCCAAAUCCCUUGAACUGGAACAUGUUAUGGACCUGCCAUUUUCAUGUUUGGAGUACAUAAAAGGAGGUCUUAUUCUUGUUGACUAG